GCGAGGGGUGCGAGGUGAUCAACGGCAUGGGAUUCCUCGUCGCCAUAGCCGCUUGGCCGAACCCUCCCGAUGAACCGACGUACUAAUAAAUAAAACGCCCGCCUCUGAGCCGUGGCAGGGACUUUGUUACUCGACUGCAGUUUCAUAUCAUAUGACGGCGGUAGGACCUCGUCUGUUCGUCUCUAGCCUUGUGCCUCUCGUCGCCUCCUCUUCCACCCUUUACACUCUUGAAGACUCUCGUGGUAUAUCACCAAAAAGAGUUACUCCGUACACAUCUCUACCUGUACAUCCCCCUCACACACGCACACACCCAUCAUGGCGGCAAACAACAUGGUCAACCCCUCGGUGGACCCCAAGACCGAAGACGAGCUCUUUGCCAGGGAGGUCGAGGAGGUCAAGAGGUGGUGGAGUGACUCUAGGUGGAGGAACACCAAGAGGCCCUUCACGGCCGAGCAGAUCGUCUCCAAGAGGGGGAACCUCAAGAUCGAGUACCCGAGCAACGCGCAAUCAAAGAAGCUGUGGGGUAUCCUCGAGGCGAGGUUCAAGAACCGAGAUGCCAGCUACACCUACGGCUGCCUGGAACCUACAAUGGUCACACAGAUGGCCAAAUACCUAGAUACUGUCUACGUGUCCGGGUGGCAGUCAUCCUCGACGGCGUCGGCCUCAGACGAGCCUGGCCCUGACCUGGCCGACUACCCCUACACCACCGUCCCGAACAAGGUGUCGCACCUGUUCAUGGCCCAGCUCUUCCACGACCGCAAGCAGCGCCAGGAGCGCCUGACGACGCCCAAGGAGCAGCGGGCCAACCUGGCCAACAUCGACUAUCUCCGGCCCAUCAUCGCGGACGCGGACACGGGCCAUGGCGGCCUGACGGCGGUGAUGAAGCUGACGAAGCUGUUCAUCGAGAAGGGCGCCGCGGGCAUCCACAUCGAGGACCAGGCGCCCGGCACCAAGAAGUGCGGCCACAUGGCCGGCAAGGUGCUUGUGCCCAUCAGCGAGCACAUCAACCGCCUGGUGGCCAUCCGGGCGCAGGCCGACAUCAUGGGCUCCAACCUCCUCGCCAUCGCGCGAACCGACGCAGAGGCGGCAACGCUCAUCUCGACGACCAUCGACCCGCGGGACCACGCCUUCAUCCUGGGCACGACCAACCCAAACCUGCAGCCCCUCAACGACCUGAUGAUCGCGGCGGAGCAGGCGGGCAAGGUGGGCGACCAGCUGCAGGCGAUCGAGGACCAGUGGCUCGCGCAGGCCGGGCUGAAGCGGUUCGACGAGGCCGUGGUCGACGCCAUCAACAAGGGCGCCCACGUCGACAAGCAGGGGGCCGUGGCGCGCUACCUCAAAGAGUCCAGGGGCAAGUCGCUGACCGAGGCGCGCGCCCUGGCCCGGGGCAUCACGGGCGUCGACGUCUUCUUCGACUGGGACGCGCCUCGCACCCGUGAGGGCUACUACCGCCUCAAGGGCGGCUGCGACUGUGCCAUCAACAGGGCCAUCGCCUAUGCCCCUUACUGCGAUGCCAUCUGGAUGGAGAGCAAGCUGCCCGACUACAAGCAGGCUGAGGAGUUUGCCAGCGGCGUGCAUGCCGUCUGGCCCGAUCAGAAGCUCGCAUAUAACCUCUCCCCCUCCUUCAACUGGAAGACCGCCAUGCCCCGCGCAGAGCAGGAGACGUACAUCCGCCGGCUGGCGUCGCUGGGCUACUGCUGGCAGUUUAUCACGCUGGCCGGCCUGCACACGACCGCCCUCAUCAGCGACCGCUUCGCGCGGGCCUACAGCCAGGUCGGCAUGCGCGCGUACGGCGAGCUGGUCCAGGAGCCCGAGAUGGAGCAGGGCGUCGACGUCGUCAAGCACCAGAAGUGGAGCGGCGCAACCUACGUCGACGAGCUGCAGAAGAUGGUCACUGGCGGCGUGAGCAGCACUGCUGCUAUGGGCAAGGGUGUCACAGAGGACCAGUUCCACUGAGUGAUUGGGUAUUCCUGUGUGCCAGAUUUGCGUCUGUCUUUGCAUGCUCGUAGGGCGAAUCGGCAGUCCUAUUUUGAAGUGAUGUGGUUCCGUGACGUGGUAUCAUGAAUCGGCUUCCUGCAAGGGAAUCACUAAUGGUAUCAUCUAGCGUGGUCGGAUCUCGGAAGCAUGUAGGCUGAGGCGGAUAUAAGACCGCGCAUUGACUUGUUACCCUGUGAAUAUCUGUUCCCUUUCGAAAAUUUGGAGGUUUAUCUCUUGUGAUACAAUGAAGUUUGACAGCAUUAGACCCGUAACCUUCCGGACUCCA